GCAGCGGAAGCCAUCCUGGCGGCGGGGAAGCGAGGCUGUAGAGAACGCCGGCAGAAGUAGGUCGGUGGGUGGGUGGAGCGGCCUCCUCCUUCUUUUCCCCUGCGGAGGAGGAGGAAAGGCGGAGAGGCCGGCGUUGGAGGCACAGGACCCGCCGCACACCGAGAGCCCCCCAAGGGAAAGUGCCCGCCGGAGUCUGCCGCUGCGACUGCCUUGAGCCGAGAUCGCCUCUCUAUAGCCGGGCAGCCCGCAGACUCCCUCUGGAGAAUUCCUCCUUCCUCGCUUGCUCGCUCGCUCGCCCGCCCGCCCGCCGAUACCUGCCGGUCCCCACUUGACGGACUGCCCGGCCGGCCGGCCUCCCUCCUCCUUCCGUAGCGCCGGCUGCGCUCCACCCCCUUCCCACCCCAGAGCCGGACGCGGCGCCUCCUCAUUGGAGCGGAGCCCCCCCGCGUCCUCAUUGGGCCACGUCGCCGGCGCCGGGCGCAGCAGAAGACACCAUUGGCCGCGGGGCGGGGCCUCGCCGAGCGGGGGCUCUCCUGAGCACAUGCCGACUGCACCUCCGGGGGGAGAACUUCUUCAGGCCCCGCACCUAUCCACGGCUGGCUACCCUGCCUGCUACUCAUCCGCCCUCAGCCUGCGGGCUACGUUGGGCUGCAUGUAAUACAAGCGCGCGGAAAAGGAGCCAGCUACGCGGCACGGGGAUGCUUCAGCCACAGCGCUCCUCUGCGCUUGCGUACCGGGGCGUGGGCGUCACCGGGUUUUAUGCUCUAGCAAACUACAAGGUCCAGCAGCCCCUGCGCUAAGGGAAGCGACAGUGGCCUCAUCACAUGACCCCUCCCCAGAGGUGGGACUACCUGCCAAGAUGGCGGCCUACCUGCAGUGGCGCCGGUUCGCUUUCUUCGACCGCGACGUACUGACGGAGCCCGAUGGGAAACUCGUGCUUUUGCCGCCGGGCAUCGCGGUCUGCGACUCGGGCAGGGGCAGCCUCGUUUUCGGGGAUAUGGAAGGCCAGAUAUGGUUCCUGCUUCGCAACCUUGAGCUCAGCAGCUUCCAGGCUUAUAAGCUGAGAGUGACACACCUCUACCAGCUGAAGCAGCAUAGCAUCCUGGCUUCUGUUGGUGAGGAUGAGGAAGGUGUUAACCCUUUGGUCAAAGUCUGGAAUCUAGAGAAGCGUGAUGGCGGGAAUCCUCUGUGCACUAGGAUUUUCCCUGCAAUACCUGGCAACAAGCCCACAGUCGUGUCCUGCCUCACAGUCCAUGAGAAUCUCAACUUCAUGGCUAUUGGCUUUGCGGAUGGGAGUGUUGUGCUUACUAAAGGGGACAUCACGAGAGAUCGACACAGUAAGACUCAGAUCUUUCAUGAAGACAGUUACCCAAUUACAGGCCUUGCCUUCCGCCAGUCUGGCAAAACAACACAUUUGUUUGUUGCCACCACGGAGAACAUCAAGUGUUACACACUCUCAGUGAAGGACUAUCUGGCGGUAAAACUGGAUACGCAUGGCUGUGCACUGCGCUGCUCCACACUCAGUGAUCCCUCCCAGGACCUCCAGUUCAUCGUGGCAGGAGAUGAAUGUGUGUACCUGUACCAGCCAGAUGAGCGUGGGCCCUGCUUUGCCUUUGAGGGCCAGAAACUGAUUGCCCACUGGUAUCGGGGCUACCUUGUCAUUGUGUCCAAGGAACGGAAGCCCUCCCCCAAAUCUGAAUUUGCUGGGAGUGAUCCACAAAACUCCGACAAGCAAAUCCUGAACAUUUACGACUUGGGCAACAAGUUCAUUGCCUACAGCUCUGUCUUUGACGACGUGGUGGAUGUGCUGGCAGAGUGGGGGUGUCUGUAUGUGCUGACCAGAGACGGGAAGCUCCACGUGCUCCAAGAGAAGGAUACACAAACCAAGCUGGAGAUGCUCUUCAAGAAGAACCUCUUUGAAAUGGCCAUUAACUUGGCCAGGAGCCACCACCUGGACAGUGAUGGUUUGUCGGAGAUCUUUCGCCAGUAUGGAGACCACCUGUACAACAAGGGCAACCAUGACGGUGCCAUUCAGCAGUACAUUCGCACCAUUGGGAAGCUAGAGCCAUCCUAUGUCAUCCGUAAGUUCUUAGAUGCUCAGAGGAUACACAACCUGACAGCAUACCUGCAGAUGCUCCAUCUCCAGUCUCUGGCCAAUGCAGACCACACAACACUGCUGCUCAACUGCUACACCAAGCUGAAGGACAUCUCCAAGCUGGAGGAGUUCAUCAAGACAAGUGAGAGUGAGGUGCACUUUGACGUGGAGACAGCCAUCAAGGUGCUGCGCCAAGCAGGCUGUUACUCCCAUGCCGUGUACCUGGCUGAGAAGCACGCACACCAUGAGUGGUACCUCAAGAUCCAGCUGGAGGAUAUCAAGAACUACCAGGAGGCCCUGCGUUACAUUGGGAAGCUGCCCUUUGAGCAGGCUGAGAGCAACAUGAAGCGGUACGGCAAGAUCCUCAUGCAUCAUGUCCCAAACGAGACCACAGAACUCCUGAAGGUCCUGUGCACAAACUACCAGCCAGCAGGAGAUCGUGAGGGCCCUGGGGCAUUGGGAGAUAGGAAGGCAAAUCCUGAUGAGUUCAUUCCCAUUUUUGCCAACAACUCCCGGGAGCUGAAAGCCUUCCUAGAGCACAUGUCGGAAGUGCAGCCGGACUCUCCGCAGGGCGUGUACGACACACUGCUGGAGCUCCGCCUCCAGAACUGGGCGCAUGAGCAGGAUCCACAGGACAAAGAGAAACUGCACAAUGAAGCCAUUUCCUUGCUGAAGAGUGGGAAGUUCCGGAGUGUCUUCGAUAAGGCUUUGGUUCUGUGUCAGAUGCACAACUUCAAGGAUGGUGUCCUAUAUCUCUAUGAACAGGGCAAGCUUUUCCAGCAGAUCAUGCACUACCAUAUGCAGAAUGAGCAGUACAAGAAGGUGGUUGAAGUCUGUGAGCUGUAUGGAGACCAGGAGGCCUGCCUGUGGGAACAAGCCCUUGGCUACUUUGCCCACAAGGAGGAGGACUGCAAAGAGUGCAUCACGGCUGUGCUCAAGCACAUUGAGACCAAGAAUCUCAUGCCGCCCCUGCUGGUUGUGCAGACUCUGGCUCACAACUCCACAGCCACCCUGUCAGUCAUCAAGGAUUACCUCGUCAGCAAGCUGCAGAACCAGAGCCGCCAGAUUCAACAGGAUGAGCAGAGGAUUCAGAAGUACCGGGAGGAAACGAAGCGGAUCCGCAAGGAGAUCGAGGAGCUCAAAACCAGUCCCAAGAUCUUCCAGAAGACCAAGUGCAGCAUUUGCACCAGUUCCCUGGAGCUGCCCUCGGUCCACUUCCUGUGCAACCACUCCUUCCACCAGCACUGCUUUGAGAGCUACUCAGAGAGCGGGUCAGAGUGCCCCACGUGCAUGCCAGAGAACCGCAAAGUCAUGGACAUGAUCCGCGCCCAAGAGCAGAAGCGGGACUUGCACGACCAGUUCCAGCACCAGCUGAAAUGCUCCAAUGACAGCUUCUCUGUGGUUGCGGAUUAUUUUGGCCGUGGCAUUUUCAACAAGCUCACCCUCAUCACAGACCUUCCUCCAGGCAAAUCUGCUGCAGCACUCGAUGCCGGCUUGCAGCGUGAGCUACUGAUACACACAAAACAGAGCACCUAGACGGUGGCGGCAAGGGGGCGUGUGUGUCAUUCAGCCUCUUGUCCGCACCUCUCCAGCUGAGCGAUACAACCAGCUUUUCUCUCUAGGGAGCUGUGACCUGCCUGAGGAUGGAAUUUGACCAGAGAAGAAGAGCCGUGUAACUGCCCCAAGAAUCCCCUUCUAAAAGUGUUUGCACACUGCCAUAAUCAGAGUUUCUGGCUGGCUGGGCAGGCCCUCCUCUUGCUUUUUUCCAACAGAACUUAUCUAUAAAGCUACGGGAGGGAGGGAGGGGCAGCCAGCUUCUCCAGGCACAAGCCAAAGUUGGGCAAGGCAAGUGGCUCAGGCAAGAGAGAGACAGACUAGGUUUGUUUGUGUUUUUCUGGGUUGACUACAAGCAGACUUGCUUCUCCAAACCUAUAGCUGGCUGGGUAAGAUUCCUAGUUAAAAGUCUGGUGCCGGAGUAUAAUCAGCAGGCUGCUGUAAGACUGACCUCUGCUGGAGCCUCUUCUGUUCCAGGCUGUGCUCUGUAACCCUUUGUUGCCCUGUUCAGAGAUACAGCGUGGAACUAAACUGUGACAGCAUUCUGGAACGGGGGGGGGGGGAAGUAUUUCCUUGGCUAUAGAUUAGAGUUGUAAAUAAUGUUUAGCACUAACAUCCCUGUCUGUAAUCCUUCAUUAAUGGUAGCUUAGUUCCUGGAAAUACAAAGUGCAUGAACAUCUUUCUUCCUGUGUAUGUACUUGCUUUUUCUCAAAGGAAGCCUGUUGUGGGAGCCCAAAGAAAGCUCUCCACAGAAUAGCUCUUUUGAGGCUGAGCUACUAGCCAUGUUGGCUCAGGAUUGGACCUCUGUGCGGGGCAGGGGAGGGGCACAUCCUUCCAGUUUCCCUGAAGUGCCUUCUGGCACAGGACUGUUUGUGGUCAGCACCAGAAGCUGAGCUUUCAGGCAGACGGCUGUUCUCUGUGCCGAUUCCUCCCACUCUGCCAUUUCCCCUCCCCUGCUCUUGGCUUUAUAGAGCAAAUACAUGCUGGAGCUGCUCAAAGCCCCAAGCAGACUUCUUCCCCCCCAGCUAGUUCUUCUCACCUUGGACACCAUCCCAUAGGCAGAGGCUGGAGCUCCCCCCCCCCCAUAAGGACUGGAAAUGGGAGACAGACAGUUGGUUCCUUUCGCUACAUCUCAUGUUCAAACUAUUGGGUAAGCAGAGGGGAAUUGCAAUCUAGGAACUGGAUUCUCUCUCUUUCUCACACACACACACACUCUGCUGCCAUAAUAAGCACCCUGCCCCAUCACCUCUGGCUCUUCAGGCAGCAGAUGGUGGAGCAGUGGGAGGCCUCCUAGAAGCUCACAGGCAGGGCUUGGAGGCAUCAGUCCUCCCUGUCAACUGUUGCUCUCGGGUCCUGCGUGCAGGCUUUGUGAAGGCAUCUAGUUGGCCUCAGAACUGCAGAUGGGUCACCUUUGGUCUGGGGCAGCUUCUGGGCUGCUCUGGCGCCGCUUGGCACCAAUGCCCACUGCUAGGCCUCUCUCCUUUCCCGUGCGUUGGGCCAUGUCCCUUUUAAAGAACAACUCUGGACGCCUCCAGCAAGCAGGAAACGGCCCUCUCUCCCUGCAGCCCCCGCCGUGUUUCUCAGCCAGUGGUAGACUGCUUCUGCCCGCAGCGCCGGGGCCGCUCCGUUUAGGCUCGGACCGCACCAGCCCCUCUCGCAGCAGAGGGGCAGGGGAAGCUGCCUGAGGCCAAGCCAGAUGUAGCUGGCAGCGACUCUGCGGUCUCUCCCCCCGGAGUGGGCCCGGGCCCCGCUACCUGCAAUGCAGAUGCUCCGCCAAGGAUCGACGCGCUUCUGGCUCACGCGCCCCGUUUCCCGCGGGUGGCGGCGGCAGCAGUCACAGUAAGGGGGCGGGGCCACCUCCCAUUCAGGGAAGGCCUAGUGUCGGAAGUGACGCCCGAGGCAGCGAAGGAAGCGGCAGCCCUAAGUGAUCCCGGAAGGGGCCUCUUCGUCCCGGGGCGCCACUACCAGCGGCAUGAACAGGCCGCCGCCGG